GAUCUAAGAGUAAUAACCAAUCAUGUUCGACUACUGCUUAGCGCAUAAGCGCGAGAAUCUCCAUUGAAUGUGACCAAUGUUGCAAACCGUGUACACGGUAGAGUAUUCAGAUGCUUAACCUUAACGGUGAUAAAAUGCUUAUAUUGUGAAAAUAUCAAUUUUAUUACGAGAAUUAGUGAACUAUUGAAUAUUUGUUAAGUGAAAUAAAGUUCGAAAAAUGUCUUAUUUGACGAGAAAAGAAAUAGACGAAAUGAAACCGCAGAUUGAAAAAGCGGUCCAUAAAUUCCUUGGUUUUAGCGAACCAGCAAUUGUUACUACCGCUGUCAACUGCAUCACUUCUGGUUACGACAAGCGGAAAACAGCAGAUAAAUUAUCGGCUUUAUUAGAAGACAAGAAAGCUUCUAAAUUGACAGAGAAAAUAUUUACAAUAUAUGAUGAUACCAAAGCAGCUCAAAAAAAUAAGAAACGUUCUCAUCCUGAAGAUAAAGAUAAAGACAAAGAUGCAAAGAAAUCAAGAUUUAAGGAUGAUGAAACUAAAAUUGAAAAACCUGUGGAGGCUCAACUUUCUGCAGAUAAGAUAAAACAAAUGAUGGCUAAUGCACAAAGAGAAAUAGAAGAAAGGAAAAGAGCUUUAAAGGCAAUAAAACAAGAGGAUAUUUCUGCAAAACCAUCGUUUAAAGGACGUGAUACGUUACCAACGGUAGGAAGCAUGUAUAAUCAAGGCCUAUUAAGUAAAACAGAUUCGGACAAAGCACGAAAAAUAGCUGCGUUACAAGCGCAAAUUAGAAAUAAAUUAAACUCAGGAUUACUUAGCAAUGUUAAUGUACCAGACAAACCAACACCCUUAAUCUUGGAUGAAUCUGGCAGAACAGUAGACAUAACUGGCAAAGAAGUGCAACUUACUCAAGUAGUGCCUACAUUAAAAGCUAAUAUACGUGCAAAGAAAAGAGAAGAAUUUAAAGCUCAACUACAAGAGUCAAAAGGUCCAGAAGAAAUACAAGAUACUCAUUUUUUUGAUAAUAGAAUAGGUGUAAAACCAGCAAUGCGUAAUAAACGUGCAUUGAAGUUUCAUGAACCAGGAAAAUUUCAACAAUUAGCAGAAAGAAUGCGCAUGAAGACCCAGUUAGAGAAAUUGCAAAAUGAAAUUAGUCAAAUUGCUAGAAAAACUGGAAUCAGUUCAGCAACCAAAUUAGCUCUUAUUGCACCUAAAACUGAAGCUCUCAGUGAAGAUGUGCCUAAUGUAGAGUGGUGGGAUUCUGUUAUAUUAACCGGUGGAUAUCCUAAUGAAGAUGAACCGACGACAAUCAAACCAAUAUAUAUGCCUGUGUUUCUUACAAAAAAGGAACGAAAGAAAUUGAGAAGACAAAAUAGGCGAGAAACUUGGAAGGAAGAACAAGAAAAGAUUCGAUUAGGUCUCGAACCACCGCCUGAGCCAAAGUUACGGAUUUCGAAUCUUAUGCGAGUUUUAGGGACUGAAGCUGUACAAGAUCCUACUAAAAUUGAAGCUCAUGUCCGACAACAAAUGGCCAAGAGAUUAAAAGCUCAUGAAGACGCAAACGCAGCGCGGAGACUCACUGCUGAUCAACGUCGUGAAAAAAAGGCAAGAAAGCUUAAAGAAGAUACUAGCCUUGGAGUAUAUGUCGCCGUUUAUAGAAUACGCGACCUUGUCAAUAAUGCUUCAAAGAAAUUUAAAGUGGAAACUAAUGCGAAACAGCUUUAUCUUACUGGUUGCGUAAUGUUGUUCCGAGAUUGUAAUGUUGUUGUAGUGGAAGGUGGAGCAAAACAACAAGCUAAGUAUAAACGAUUGAUGAUGCAUCGUAUUAAAUGGGAAGAAGACAUAGUGAAGGAUAAUGAUGGGAAUGACGUACCGAACAAAUGUGUACUUGUUUGGGAAGGGACAAGUAAACAACGGCAUUUUGGAGAAAUUAAAUUUAAAGUGUGUCCAAUUGAAAAAAUGGCUCGAGAACAUUUUAAAAAACAUCAAGUGGAACAUUACUGGGAUUUAGCUUACAGUGGCGCAGUUCUUGAUAAUACGGACGAAGUACGCUCCUAAAAUAGAAUCUUGUAAAUUAACUAAACACAUAAUUAUAGCUAACGUAACGAAUAAUAAAUAAGUUCUGUACAACUUACUAAAA